AUGGCAACGGGACGUAAAUUUGCUAUAAAUGAUUUGGUGUGGGCCAAAAUGAAAGGUUUUCCCCAUUGGCCAGGAAAGGUAAUUCAAUUACCAAAAUUUAAUGGGAAAGGUGUUGAGAGUAAAUACAUGGUUAUUUUUUAUGGUACAAAUGAACAUGCUUUUUUAAAAGAUUCUGAACUCUGUCAUUAUCUAGAAAAUCGUGAAAAAUAUGAAAUUCCAAAUAAAAAAAAGUCUUUUGAAUUAGCAUUAAAGGAAGUUCGUGAAGCAGCUGGUCUUGAUCCAUCAGAACCGUUUAAUGCUCCGUCGUCAACUGAAACUAGUAGAGAAACAUCAUUAUCCACAAAUCAAGAAUCUAAAGAGAAGACAAAAAGAAAAAUUGAUAAUGAUUUGCAUGAUGAAUUUAAAGAACAUAGUAAUGAUAUUUAUGACGAUAUUAAUUCUAUUAAUCAUAAUUCAAUUAUACCAAAUAUUUUUGGAGGUUCGCAUUCUAAGAAAGAUGAAGGUAGUUUUGAUUUCAAUGAUUUGAUUUUACCUAAAUUAAGAGGAAGAACAAAAAGUUGUUCAACAAGAAAAUCUAAUGAGGGUAGUUUUAGUGCAUAUAUGGAAAGGGCAAGACAAACUUUUGAAAGAUGUAGUGGUUUCAAGAGUAAAAGUUUAAGUAGUGGUGGAAGUAGAAGAAAAAGACAGAAAGGAGAAAGUUUUUCUUUUGCUGAUAAUAUUUCCCUUUUUGAUUAUACUGAUCUCGAUGCAAUUAAUCCUACUAUUCUUGAAAAUUUAGACUUAGAUUUCAAUUUAAUUGGUCCACCAUCUAGAAGUAGACUUCCAUCAGAAAUAAGUGGAACUUCAAAACGUAAUGAUCUUCAAAAUUUAUUUAAAAGUCCUAGAGAUAGAAUCCCAAGCAUUAGUCAAAAUAGUUUUGGUGGUCUUUCAAUUGGAUCUGAAUAUUUUACUAAACGUAAUCGUUUAGCUAGUGGCACAAGUGAUUUUAAUUUUGAUACAGAAUUUAAUCCUCAUGAAUUUUUAAAACUUCUUGAUCAUCCAAAUGGUGUUUAUUCAGAUUCUGAAAGAGUAAGUAUUGUACAACAAUCUGAUCUCAUUGAAGGAAAGAAUUGUACAGAGUGUGGAUAUAGUUGUUAUAUAUGUAAUGAUCGAUAUAAAUGUGCAAGAGAAUCUUGUCAGGCAUAUAAUGAAAGAGUUCCAACAGAUAAAUUACCAAUAAGAAAUCAACAAGAAAAAUUAAAAGAAUUUAUGGAAAGUGAUAAUACAGCCAAUUUACAAUCUAGAAUGAUGAGAAAAAGACCACACUCUAGUAGAGGCAUGUAUGAUAGUGCAACAAGGCAAAGUAGUGUUACAGAUUCUCAACAGCAAAGUCAGGAUAAAAAAUCAAAUAUUUCAGUUAUAAUUAAAAGAGAGGACGGAAAACGACCUAUUAAAGUUCCCAAAUUAGAUGUAGUACCACUUGUUAAACAAAAAAAGAAAUACAAAACUAAAAGUAAACGACCAGUUGGAAGGCCUCGUAAAAAUCCUACACCGAUUCCCUCAAAUAGUACUGGAAAAACUUCAACUAUAUACAGUAUGAAUAGUGGAAAUCUUGUUCUUGGCCCAACUAAAAAAGCUAAAAUAUGGCAUAGUGAUCCAAGAUUAUCUAAAGAAAUUGAACUUCAAACAAAAGAGAAAUAUAAAGUUCUUCAUAAAAAAGCUAAGUUUACUCCUCCGGCUGGAUUUGGUGGAAUUCGCCUUUGUUUUAUUUGUCAAGCUCAAGUUCGACCGCAACAAAGUACAAAAAAUAAACAUCGAUGGAGGUGUAUUGGUAAAAAUUGUAGGAAAUGGUACGGUUGGGUUAAUCCUGGUGAUGAAAUUCCAUUAGAUUUUGGUAAUCGUGGUCAUUGGAAAGGAUUGAAUUUUAGUAUUUUACGUGUCUGUAAAAAUGAAAAUAAUACAAAAACAUUGAAAUAUGUUUCAUUUGUUGAUUUUAAUGGAAAAACUGGAGAAGUCGUACGAUUACCUAAUGGAUGUAUUGCACGUAUUGUUAGAAGGUGUUUUAAUGUUUCUGACCUCUCUGAAGCAGGUGUUACAGAGAAAAAUUUUGAUGGUUCAAUAAUUAGACCACGUCAUAUGAUGAAUGGAUAUGAUGUAGUUUCAAAAUUUAAUAAAAAAGGACUAGAAAUUCAUAGAAGUGCUUUUACAGCCACAUUACCUGAUAGUCGAACCCCAGUAUGUAGGACUGGUUUAGGAAUAUCUGAUGGUUUAGGCAAUUUCUAUGGAUACAAACCCAGUCCAAUUUAUACCGGUAGACCAUCAAACAUUGAACGAACAGUUCUUACCAAUUUAAAAAAUGAUAAUGAUCGGUUUGUCGUUGAAGAUGACAAAAGUCCAGAUAAUGAUUAUAACAUAAUAAAUCCAUUUAAUGAAUCUAAAAUUAGGAAAGUUUCUGAAUGUCUCAAUGGACACAAUUUAGAAUUUAAAAAAUCUAUUCGAACUAUCAUUGAUCCAACUAAUAGCAAAACUCUAAAUAUACCUCCAGAUCUCCCAGUUUCUGUUGAAGAAGCCAAUUAUGAAAUGAAUCCUGGAUGUGAUCCUGAAAUCAUAACAAAAAUAAUUAGUCAACGGUUAAAUAUACUUUCAAAUCAAACGUGGAAUGAUGAAGAUCGAGGUGAAGCCGUAGAUAAACUUUUUGAUAUGACACUUUGUAUAUUUCCUCCACUAUUAAAAAUUAUGGCCAAUUUUACGGAAGGCCUAACGUUACCUGAUGAAACAGAAAGGGAAUUAGCUAAUAUCGCAGUUAAUAGACUUCCAUAA